AUGAAAUUUAGUCAAGUUGUGAGCUCUUCUGCAAGAAAAAAUAGAAAAAAUCACUUUGAUACUACUUCAACCCAAAGAAGAGAAUUAAUGGCAUCUCCAUUAUCAAAGGAACUUCGUCAGAAGUAUAAUGUCCGAUCUCUCCCUAUUCGUAAGGGUGAUGAAGUUAUGGUAAUACGUGGAUCAAAUCAUGAUUAUGAGGGUGUAGUAACUCGUGUAUAUCGUAGAAAGUUCUCUAUUAAUGUUGAGAGGAUAACAAGAAAGAAGACAAAUGGAGAUUCAGUACCUAUAGGUAUUCAUCCUUCAAAUGUUGUAAUAACAAAAUUAAAAUUAAAUAAAGAUAGACGUGAAUUAUUAGCUAGAAGAAGUCAUACAACACAGAAAGGAAAAUAUUCUAAUCAAGAUAUUUCUAAUUUAGAUUAA